CAUGGAAAAAGGAAAAGAACAUUCAUCUACCAUAAGACCAUCUACCUCAAAUCCCCCAUCUGUGGACAUACCAUCAACUUCUCCAAACAUCCCAAUGCACAGUUACUAUCGACCCUCAUCCGCGGAUAUACCAUCAACUUCUCCAAACAUCCCAAUGCACGAUUUCUAUGGAGCAGUGCCUGUGUGGUCACCGGGUUUUCUCCCAUUUCCCGCUGUCAACCAAUAUCCAAGCAAUAUACAGAAUGCUAGUUACCCAUUUCAACAUGGCAUGGAAAGCCAGUUGUCUCUUAGCAAUACCUCCGUUACAAGCAGAUUUCUGGGUACGGAGGAUACUAGAACCUCAGUUGGGGAAACUCAAUCGGCAGCUACAUCUUCUAGAGUUGAAGAAAUUCAUCUUGAUAGACGAGAUGCACAAGAAAUCGAGUGUGGUAGUGCCGAAACAUCUGAGAAAGUGGAAAUGGAUGGUGAUGAUGAGCCCGUUUCGGGGAUGGAAUUUAAUUCAUUAGAAGAUUUAAUGAGUUAUUAUAAGGAAUAUGGCAAAAAAUGCGGGUUUGGGGUGAUGACAAAAAAGAGUGAGAGGGGAGAGGAUGAGACUGUGAGAUAUGUCACUCUUGCCUGUGCCCGUGGAGGGAAGGCCCGGAAUAGGACUAUAAAUGUCGCCAACCCACGUCCGACAGGAAAGACGGAAUGUAAGGCAAAAAUUAAUGCCUUAAAAGUUGCUGACGGAAAGUUUUGGCUGACUACAGUUCACAAUCUCCACAACCACGGCCUCAGUCCAAAGAAAUCUCGCUUCUUUCGAUGUAAUCGAGAAGUGAGUGAAUCUGUUAAAAGGGUCCUAGAUACAAAUGAUUUGGCCGGCAUCCGAAUGUACUGGGCAAUCAUAGGUAUUCUCAUGCAUUCAAGCCAUAAAACCAGUAUGUGUUCCAAUAUCUCUACCAACAUUCCCAAUUAA